AUGGCUGCUCGCGCCACCCUCUUCCCGUCCGCAGUCCAAUCAGCUUCCGCGUACCGCCGUCGCGCGCUGCUUAGCACUAGCAGGGGGAUAAGCACUGGCGGCAGGACAAGGAUAAGCACAGGCGUCGCGAGGGAGGGGGGAGGGGAUGCGGCGAGUGCGGUGAAAAGCGGUGCAAUGGAGUUCCCGGUGUUCUGUGUGCAGUGGGCUGUGCUGCUGGGGGCCCCUGACUCCCUCCACAUCUUCAUGCCCCAUUACGUCCUCAACGCUCUCACAGGCCGUGUUGGCACCCUCAUGCACGUGGAUAAGGUGAAGCGCUUCUCUGAUGGGCGCAUGCUCAUAGACAGCACUGCCAUCACCACAGUGCGAGUCAACCAUCUGCUGCAGACCAUCCCAUACUGCCAAGCGCAGGUGCAGGAGCAGCAGGACCAAGAGGCGCUGCUGCUGCACGCCUUUGUUGGCGGGCUGGAGUGGACCGAGGAGGAGGAAGGAGAGGAGAGGGAGAGAGGGGAGGAGGGAGAGGAACGGGGGGAGGGUGUGGAUGGUGGCGUGGGUGGGCAUGUGUUGCCUGGGGAACGUGUGGUGCUGCAGGGACAGGGCUUACCAGGGGUUCUCCUCACGAAGGGGCAGGGUGCUGAUAGUGUGGGUGGUGUGGAUGGUAUGGGGAGGGUGUUACACAGGGGCCCUCCCAACAGCAUCAACAGGCGUGCACUGCAGCGACUCUCCCUGCGCUUGCAGCGGGGAGAGGCUCGCCUCUGGGCUCUGCUGCAGCAGACAAGAGACCUCUCUUCUCGCCUACGCAUGGAUGAGGGGAGAGCGGGAAGAGAGGGGAAAACGGGGCAUGCGGGAAAAAGUGGGGAAGGGGCGAAGGAGGUGGGGGCGAUGCGGAGGGAGGAGCCCUUGGUGCUGGUGCGGCGGGUGCAGCAGCUGUCGUUUGCUGCUGCUGCUGCUGUGCCGGGUGGAGUGGAGAGGAGUGAGGGGCGGCAGCAGCUGUUGGAAGCGAAUAGUAUCACCCAACGCAUUGGCAUCCUCACAGCUCUAUUCCUGCGGAGUCGUAGUGAACUUCUCGCUCGAGUGGCCAUCAAACGAUCAUUCUCCGACUGA